AUGUCCGAAGCGACUUCACGGACAUCCGCCUCGCGCGGCAGAGGCUCUGGCCGCGGUGGUAGAGGAGGUUUCGCCGGUCGCGGCGGCCGACGAACCAAUGGCGACAAGCCCGACCACAGCACUGCUGAUUCCCAGAGUGCAUUCGAAGAUGAAGGCGAUUUUGGCGAGCUUCGAAAGCAAUAUGGCAACAAGACUUCGGUGAUCCGCGAGAUGUUCCCCGACUGGUCUGAGGCCGAUGUCCUUUUUGCUCUCCAGGAAACCGACGGCGACGAGAACGAAGCCGUCACACGCAUCGCUGAGGGUACCAUUUCGCAAUGGGGUGAAGUUUCAAAGCCUAAGAAGGCCACUCGAGCUAAGGCUAAGGACCAAGCUCCUACUCCUUCGAACGACGCGACGUCCACUGGGCCCCGAGCCGCUCGUGGUGGCCGAGGUGCAUCUGAAGGAGGUCGAGGUCGAGGCCGAGCUACUGAACGAGGAGGUCGUAGCACACGUGGCCGACCUGCUGCUGCUCCCACCAACGGCGCUGGACCUAAGGAGAACGCUGCCUUGUCUAUUCCCACAGAGGAGUCAUCUGUCUGGGGCACUAAGGAUCCCAAGGUGGGCACCUCAGAGGAAAAGGAGCCCAUUGCUGAACAACCUACCCCCUCCGCGACUGAGGCACCCAAGCCUGCUGCUCCUGCAGUCAAGACCUGGGCAAGCAUGCUGCGACAGUCUGCUCCUCCCAAGGCCCCGCCCAAGCCCAAGGAAGCUCCCGCCGCUCCCCAGCCAGCUGCUGAGCCUGCUGAGCCUGAGUCUGCCCCCGAACCUAUCGAACCCGAGCCUGAGGCUGUGCCCGAGCCCGAGCCCGAAACCGCCCCUACUCCCGCCGACGAAACUGACGAGACCACGCCCGUUGCCGACACCACUAUUCCCGCCGAAGUUCCUCAAGUUAAUGUAGAGCCUGAGGUCGCUCUUCCUCCCUCCAAGGAUGAGCUCACCGAAUCAAAUCUUGAACAGGUUGUUGACGAAUCCCAACCGCCUCCCGAAGGUACUGUCGCAAGCACCGCUGCUGACUCUUGGGAUCCUCGACAGAACCCUGCCAGUGUUAAUGCUACACCCAUCUCGGCUGCCCAGCAGCAACAUCAAGCCCCUCCUAGCGGAUUCGCCGCAACUGCCGCCAAGGCCACUGCUGAGCGAACUACCCGUAUCCCUAGCCACCACCAGCGACGCGUUCUUGACCAGGAGGAAGCUGUGCGUAUGCCCGGCAACCGUGAGGUUGACCGUGCCGCCGUUCAGUUCGGAGCUUUCAGUUUGAACGGGGAUGAAGAUAUUGAUGGUGAGCGAGAGGAGCCUGAGACCAGAGCCCAGCCUCCAGCUGACUCACCUGUCACUCAUCCUCGCACCUCGCUUCCUCCUGCUACCCAAGCUGGUGUUCCCGACUCAUUUGCUCAGAAGCCUGCUCCUGCGGUUGCUCCGAUUGCGGCCCCUACUGUUCCUGCUGCUCAAUCCCAGGCCCAGGCUCAGAUCCCUGGCCAAGCUCCCGUCUCAAGCGCUCAGCAAUACGGUCGCUUUGGUCAGGCUGGUGCCCAGGACCCCAUGGUAGCUCAGAAGCCUUUGGAUCCUUUCAACCAGCAGAGCACCCCCUCUUCUCAACCCCCCUUCGACAACUUCUCUUCCCAAACCUCUCAGGCACAGCAACCUGGCGCCGCUUUCAGCUCUGCGCCUAACGACUAUGCUUCCUACUACACCGCGAACCAACCCGACCGAAACCCCUACAACUACUACGGUCAGCAAUUUGGCCAGCAGGGAGGACAGGGCCAGGAGGCCACUGCCUCUCAGCGACAGUUUGGCGGCUAUGGAGCUUCUCAGGCGGAUAAUCUCAGCCAGUAUCCCCAGAGUGGUCUGCACAACCAGCCACGAUUUGGUGGAAGUGCUGUGGAUGCCCAGAACAGUGGCAACAGCACUCCCAACCCUACUACCCAGGCUCAACAGCAACAGGCUCAACAGCCUGGUCAGCAACAGCAGCAGCCUGGCCAGGGAUCUCAGCCCCAGUCACACGGCCAGCAGUAUCCCGGUUACAACCAUCCCUACUAUAGUAACCCCUACUACCACCAAUAUUACUCUGGAUAUGGCCAGGGAGGAUUUGGCCCAUAUGGAAAGGGUGGCAUGUACGGCCAGCCCUACCAAAUGUCCCCUAACGCACCUUAUGACCACAGCUCAUCUCCCGCUGGAUUCGGUCAGUCUUCCCUCCACCGCGACAGUAGUUUGGGAGCAUCUGGUCUGGGUGAUUACGGUCGUGUUGCUACCAGCCAGGCUGCUAGCCAGCCAGGUCUUGGUGCCAGCUCUUUCGGCAGCGUCCACGACAGCUUUGCCCGGGGUGCUACCUCAUUCCAGACUCAGGGCCAGUCAUUCAACAGCCCCGGCCAGCCUGGCAACGCCGUUGCUGAUGACUUGAAGCCUCCUUUCGGUGACUCCAAGGCUGGAUCUGGUCCCUCGCCUUCCCUCGGCGGUGCCCGCCCUGGAUCAGCUACUAAUGCCCCCGCUGCCCAGAGCGGUCUCCCGCCACCUCAGAACGUCGGUGGCUAUGGCGGCUACCCUAGCCACCUCCAGGGCCACGGUCUUCACGGCAGUAACGCGUAUGGCAUGGGCGGUAAUGCCGGUGCCAGCCAGCACGGAAACAGCCCUUACGGCUCAUACAACCAGGGCUUUGGCGGUAGCGGCUACUAUGGCAGUAACCAACAACAGCAACAGCGCGGCGGCUGGGGAGGCAACUAUCACUAG